AGAUAUUCGUUUAAAAUAGAAAUUGAACAGACUACCCUCCUCAUGCCAGCAGGAUGCUGAAGGGCAGGGAGCCUACACUUUGUCCUUUCUGCUCCUGUGCCCUGGGUGCCCUUGUUUGCAGCACUGCCUCUGAGAGGACCUGGCAGCUGCUGAGAUGCUGAGCUGAGUGAUGUUGCCUUGGUCCUGCUGCCUGUGCAAAUGCACAGCACAACUUCUGAAUGUGUGUUCAGACACUGAGCAGGGACGGCAUCUCCAAGGUGAUCUCUACCUAAUGCCUGCUGGCUUGGUGGGAGGGAUGCAGGCAUUCUGCAACACUCAGUCCCUCCCCUGGGGCACAAAGUGUCUGGGCUGUGCACAGCUGUUUGGGUGAGACCUGGUUUGAGUCCAGGCUGCCACGUGCACCUUGCGUGCAGAUGUGCUCUUAGCAGCUCCUGGUACUGGUGUGUGUGCGUGUCCUGCAGCCCUGGAUGCGGCUGAGACUCCUGACCCUCAGAGAAGCUGGAAACAAACAGAGUCUCCCAUCAUAAACUGUACAUCUGUUCCUGCUUAUGAUGAGUGGAGCAGUUUGCGUUUUCAGCUGUAAAACUUUGCAGAAAAGUGGAUAGAGAAAUACGUGCUCUGUGUUCGGGCUUUUCUUCUGUACCAUUGUAACGCUGCAUCUGCUGGCUAGCAAAUCAAAGGCGUUCAGGUCAGUUCAGAUUUUCUGCAGGUACCUUGUGUGCACUGACAGAGUUCAUGGCCUUAUAGGAAGCGCGCUGACAAUGCAGAGGGUUGGAGUGACAAUAGAAAUUGUCACCUCAAUCUUGCAGCAAUUACAGCUGCUUACUGAGAUGGCUCUCCUGGGGACUGGAAUUGGUCCAUGGUCAUUGUUUUCCCCCCUGGAGAUGAGAGCUCUCAGGGCUGCUUUUAUCUUGAGACACCGUUUAACUCGAAGUGCUGGAGUGAAAAGGGGUUUUCUGGAUUCGUUUGCAGGACAGGGCUGUCAGGAAGCACUGCUGGCUGAAGGGCAGUGCAGAACGCCCUAUGCCUGCUGAACACAGUGACUUGGGCACAGAGCAGCCCAUUAACAAUUAUGUUGUAAAAAUAAACCAAGAAAUACAUAAAUCACGAGGUUUCCAAGGGUCCUCCAGAUCCUUGGCAAACUUGAAUCCUAUUUGAAAUGUUCUUUGAUUGAUUAGAGAAGAUGCCUUCAUGCUGUGACUUGCACUGACAAUCAAGAUCAAAACUUCAGGCAUGUUCUUGUGAAAACUAAGCUGGGAUGUCCUGCUUCUUGGUUGUUCCUUCUGGAUUUUUAUUUUUCUUCCCUGGCUACAGUUCUGCAUAACUCCAAGAUUUUACUUUGGUCCCAGGGGGGAUAAUCAGUGUGUUAUUUCUUGUCUGUCCUUAUGACCCAGCUGUAAUCCUGUAACACAUUGUGCUAGCAGGAGACCCUAAGGAAAUCAGAGAUCUGAAUGUACAGGAUAAUAGUUGUUAGACUCAAACUGUGCUUGCCUUUUUUUUAGGGUACAUUUCAAUAUACAUGUACAUUAAUUCCCAGCCCAGCUUUCCUUCCCCCAGCAGAGACUCAGUGUGAAGAACUGCUGGGUGCUGGGCCCUCCACCAGCACUAACAGAAGCCCUGGCUGAGACUCCUAUGGGCUGAUGGUUUGAAAUACUGCACCUAUUUUAGAAGGGUCUGGAAGAUGCUUGCUGUCUUCCAGGACAGGUAUUGUGUCUGUGAAUUUGAACCUUGUUUCCUGUUAACAGCUUUUCUUGUGGCCUUUCAGCAUCACUAAAGUAAUGUUUACAGAGGUGUGAGAAGCAUUUGGGAGAGGGAGUGGAGAUGUUUAUCUGGUACUGACAAGUGCAAAGGUGGUAACUUACUGCCAGUGGGCAAAUUUGCUAGGGAUUUAGUGUGUCAGUGGAGGAAAGCAGUGCUUUUCCUCCUUCCUCUUGGCACCCUUUGGGGCUGAAAGUGACCUGUUGUGCUGGGGGGGCAGCAGACUUAGCAGAGAAUCAGGAAAGCACCAACUCAUGGAAAUAAAGGAACAAAAAGGGACAGGUGUGCUGGAGUCAAUGGAGAGAGACACAGGGUGGUGGAGAGGAGGAAGGGAAGGCUGAGGGAUAAGUGGAACAGGGAUGGACUCAGGUUGGAAGAACCGGGAGCAGGGAGGAAGGCAAUAGUCACGGGGGUUCUUUAAGGCUGAGGAGGGAUUGAAAUUCAUUAUUGUGCCUGUAAUAUGAAGGGGUGAUUUGAGAUGUGAGUGCCAAGCUGGAAAAGCCGAAAUAACAUUACUGGAAGAACACUUUAAUUGAAGAAUGACUCGCUUGAUGAGUUAGUCAGACUGUCUGCUCAUGAUAUAAAUUGGGGACCGAGGGAUCGUUGCAGUUUUCUGGCUCAGCUGUCUUGAAGUCUGGCCAAAUGGGUAGUUCAGCUAUGAGCUGAGGAGUCUGGAAACACAACCAAAGCUUGGCUUUGAGCAGUGACCCCACAUGCUGUAUGGAUAUCUGUGGGCUGUGCUGAGCCCUCAGCCAUAUACAAGGGUCAUGAGUCUUUGGGGGAAGAGCUGUUGGAGGCAUGCAUGGAAAGAAUCUCAUUUUCUGUGGGUUAAUGUGCUACUUGUUAUAACUGUCACUGCUUGCUCUGUUACAAGUGUGGGUUUUGGCUGGGAAUGUUUUAGGUACUGUGGCUAUGGCUCAGCAAUUUCAUAUGUGGUUAGCAGCGCCUUCUGGAAAAUCAGUGGGAAUUCCUUCAAGUCUGCACCUGAGGAAAAGUCAAGUUCAUUGCCACGUAUGGUGUAGCUGCCUUCCCUCCCUCUCUUACUGGAAUCCCAUCAUUCCCCAUUUGCCCUGGUUGGUAAGGGUGGUAUGGCAGCCCCACAACUCAGCUUUUGCUGUGGUUUUGAUCCUGGGAGAAAUCCUGCAGUAGUUCUCUCCAUGAAUCUGUGGGCAAGUGUAUUGGUUCACAUGCAUAACCAGUGCGUGAGGAAUUCAGCAGCCUCUGGUUUUGGCUGAGCUGCUGGUAAAGAGUUCAUCUUGUACUCCUUCAUCACCUCUCUGUGCAAAGCACCAGGCUCCUUCAGAGGGACAGCACUGCUGUGAUGCAGUGCAACGUGCGCUUCAGGCUUGAGGAGCUUUCCCUGUUACUAUGGCCAUGCAGUCAGAUGAAUAUUUUAUUAGAUAUUUGUGGAUUGUUUAAUUAAAUGGAUAAAUAAUCAUAUCCUUUAGACUUGGGAGAAAAAUUCAAAGAAUGUAAAUUUUAGAGCUAAUCUUAAUUAACAUUUGAUGUAAAAAUGGUGUUAAGUUUCAUUGUGAACAAUCUUUAAUUGAAUUUUGUUUAGUUCACGCUGGAAGUGAAUGAAAAUGGAUGAAACUCAAGGUUACCUGAGCUAGAAAUGAGAAGGCAUAUGGAGGUCAUUGCUGCAUAUGAACUCAUACUUUUAAAAUUCAUGGCUGUCAUUAAUUUGGUUUGGUUUUUCCCAUCUGUCUCCAUGCAGACAACACUCCAGAAGCAUGUCUUGUUUUGAGGUAUUGUAGAGAUGCCUUUUUCCUUUCCCAUAUUUUAAAAGACUUGUGGUGGCAUUCGGGGAUGUAACAGCAUUAAGCAGCAGCAAUAAACAAACAGGAUUUCUUUUACCAGAACACAGUGGAGUGUUUUCCUCUGCCAGAGCCGCCCUGGGGCACUCAUUGAAGCUGAGGAAAGAUGGAGGAGACAUAAUUUAUGACCUAUGGAAAGAAGAGUAAAAGAAUUAAUAACAAAUCAUUAAGGUUGAAAAAGGCUUCCAAGAUCAUCUAGUCCAACUGCCUGCCUACCACCCGUAUCACCCACUGACCAUAUCCCUUGGCACAAGGGCAACUUCCCAUCCAGCAACCACAGGCCAGCAAGCUCGAUUAGAAGCGAGAUGAGGGCAUGAAGAGCUGCUUGCAUGGCACAGAUGUGGCAGUGGCUCAUCUGGACACCACCUAGCCACCCCCUUGUGACUGGAAGAGUUUGACAGGAGCUGCUGAGAACAGUGAAGCAUCCUGGAAAUGAAGGUGUUUCUUGAAUCUCUUCAGCACCUCAUGCAGCUGUUGUGUUUGGAGAUAUCCUGCCUUAAAUCCUGGACAAAAGUCUGCCAACAGUCAAAAAUGACUUGAGUGGAAGAGCCACUGUUUUGUCCAACAGGACCAGCUUCCUGCCCUGUGCUCACUGUCCCAUUUGGAUGCAACAUACACUAUGGUUCACAUCAAUGUGCUGAAAAAAUGUAUGUGUGUUCUUGUGGUGUUACUGAUAGCUCUGACAGUUUGCCUGUGGAAAGAGACAAGAGGAAGCUAUUAUGUUCCUUUCAAGAAUGAUGAUACACAGGUUCACAGGACUUUGGAAAAAUGGAACCUACUUAAAUCACAGGGCCUCUUCCACGAAGCUGCUGGUGAAAUGGGUCAGAUGCCUAAAGCUUUGCCAGAUGACCAAAAUAAAGUAAAAGGCAUCACCUCUGGAGUAGUGGAGAAGUCCAGGAAAGCAGCAGACCAUGUGAAGGUAUGGGAUAAGGACAGCUCAUCCAGAAACCUCAUACCCAGGCUGCAGAAGGUCAGGAAGAAUUACCUGUCCAUGAACAAGUACAACGUGACUUACAACGGGAAGAUGAAUGCUGCUAAACUCAGCCCAGAGAAGCUGCUGUGCCAGCUGCGGGUCAGGGUGAACGUGACCAUGAUACAGGGAUCAGAUGGGCCAUUUAAUUCCUCGGAAUGGCAGCACUACCUCCCAGAGAAAAGCCUCAAUGAAACAGUGGGCCGCCUGGGUCGCUGCGCUGUUGUGUCCUCAGCAGGCUCUCUGAAAUCGUCUCACUUGGGACCGGAGAUAGACAGCCAUGAUGCCGUCUUGCGGUUUAAUGGGGCUCCUGUCAAGGGAUUUCAAGAAGAUGUGGGUCAAAAAACAACGAUCCGUCUUGUUAACUCCCAGGUAGGUGUGAUGAAAGUUCAAACAGACCAAGCAUGGCACAGCUCCAUGUCUCUCCUCUGCUUGGGAACCGAAUCAUAGAAUCAUAGAAUGGCCUGGGUUGA